AUGGCGUCUAAUGUGAAUAGCUGGAUAUGGCUGGCAGUGGUGCUGUUGAUCGCAUUCCUACGCUAUGUUUCCCGCUGGCUCCAAUUGGGUACCCCCAGAAACUUCCAAAUUGAAGACAUAACGAUGAUCGUGGUUGUGGUCUUGUACAUCUUAAUGACGGUCUACCUGAUUGAAGUUGACAAACACGGGACCAACGGAAUCCCCUUAGAUAAAGUCGACCAGAUCGACCCUGCCUCCAUCCCAGAUCUUAUCAAAGGCAGUAAGAUAGUGAUUGCAGUAGAGCAGCUAUGGCUCGGAGUCAUCUGGGGAUGCAAGGCCUGUUUGCUCUUACUCUAUUCAACCAUGACAUCGGGUCUGUCGCAACACCGAGUCGUCAAAGCCAUCGGUGCAUUUUGUGCGCUGAGUUUCGUGCUAAUUGAAAUCCUCUUUUUCGCUGCCUGGUGCCGCCCUUUCUCCGCCUACUGGUCGGUGCCACCAAAAUCCGUGCAAUGCUCCGUCUAUCGCAAUCAUCUUAUUCUAACCUUGGCCAUAAAUGUCGCUACGGACUUGAUGAUCAUGUGCAUCCCAUUGCCGCUCUUGAUCAAAGCCAAGCUAAGCCUGUCCAAAAAGCUUACUUUAUGCGCCGUUUUCUCUCUGGGCGUGUUCGUAAUCCUCUGCUCCAUCCUCUCCAAAUACUACUCGAUAUCGAAUCCAUACGGAGAUCGCUGGGUCGACUGGUACGUCCGGGAGGCAGCAACCGCCAUCGUUGUGGCCAAUAUCCCACAAACAUGGACACUAUUCCGCCGGAUGUUCAACUGGAAGUCUUUCUUGGCGCAAUCGUCAUAUCCUCGCAGCUACAGCCGAAGCAAGUACACCAAUCGACUUGAUAGCUCGACCAUCCAUCUAUCCCGGUUCAAGGGUGGAGAUAAAUCGCACACACGCUCCGUCGAUCACACGGCGUCUGGUGAGCACAUUAAUCGCGAACAGCCACUGGAGAUCUGGGAACAACGCCAGUUUAAUUCCCCAGCUGAAGACGAUAGUGACGACAACGAAGGUAGACCACUUGGCACACAAAACAUCAACAUACUUCUCAAAUUGGGAUCAUAUUACCACUUCCACGCAGUCAGUUUUGCUAUUACCGAGAAAGACAAGAAUUCUAUAAAGCCUACGUGCUCAUUUAAUCCCGAAAGCGAUAUACCAGAUCUAUCCGACAAGGUGAUAUUUGUCACUUGUGGGACGGCCGGUCUCGGAGCACAAUCAGUCGUUAAAUUGGUCAAGCAUUCUCCGACGCAGACCUAUAUCAGCGGUCGGAACGCGAAAAGUGCAGAGGAUAUCAUCAAGAAGGUAGUCGAGACAGGGUCGAGUAGACCUGUGUCGUUUGUCGAAUGCGAUCUCGCCUCCCUGGACUCCGAUUCGCGCCUGGACGUACUCAUGUGUAACACAGACAUCAUGGCGCACCCUCCGGGGCUAACAAAAGAUGGCUACAAGGUGCAGUUUAGGACCAACAACAUCGGCUACAGGGUGCAUCCUUGUGAGGGCAUCAUAUUCAAGGACUUGAAAACCACGCAAGAUAGCGGCCCCUUUGGAUCUUGGAGACGGUACGGCCAACGCAAGCUGGCUAAUAUUCUUUAUGCGCUUGGGUUGGCCCGUCGAUAUCCGGAUUUGAUAGCUGUUUCCAUUCAUCUUGGGGUUGUGAAUACGGGUCUAGUUGAGAAUCUUGAUCGGGCAAACCGUUGGUUCGUCUAUGCGACGACCUUUAAUCAGACGCUGCGGGCAGCUACAGUCUCUCAAGAUCACUUAGAAAAUGGCCAGUUUUACAUACCGGAUGGUCUUCCAUCGAAUAGUCAACUUGACAAGACGACGCAAGAUGGUGCGUUGGCUAGUCAGCUUUGGGAGUGGACGCAUAAAGUUCCGGAGGUGUAUUAUGACUGA